CCCAAGGCCUCUCACUCUCAUUCCCCCAAACGUAUACUACCCUGACACCUCUCCUCCUUCCACUUCUAUUAUCCCUCCUCGUCAUAUCCCCAAAUUAAUUAAAUUUCCCUGGAAAACGCCGAUCGAGACAAUCGGUCCUGAUGGGCGGGUGUUUCUCAAACUGCCUAAUUAUUCCCAAAGUCUCUUCGUCUGUUCCUCCACCUCCUCCUCCUACCGCCAAAGUUAUCUCUUUACAAGGACAUCUCCGGGAAUACCCUGUUCCUAUAUCCGUCUCCCGCGUUCUUCAGACCGAAAAUUCAUCUUCUUCCACUUCCGACUCUUUUCUAUGCAACUCCGACCGCUUAUUCUACGAUGAUUUCAUUCCGUCUUUGCCUCUCGACCACCAGCUCCACCCCAAUCAGAUCUAUUUCAUCCUUCCUUCCUCCAACCUCCACCACCGAUUGACCGCCCCUGAUAUGGCCGCCUUAGCCGUCAAAGCCACCCUCGCCCUCCAGAAUGCCUCCACCAACAACCUCCAUCUCCCUCAUAACAAGGGUCGUCGUCGUCGUAUUUCUCCCCUCUUUGAUCUUGAUAGCCCCAACGACCAACAAAACGAACACGAACACGAACAUGCCCUCUCCACUAACUCUAACUCCAAGAACAACACCACCUCCUCCUCCGUUAAAAAAUUGCAGAGAUUGACAUCCAGAAGGGCAAAAAUGGCAGUUCGUUCCUUUAAACUCAGGUUGAGCACCAUCUACGAAGGCACCGUUCUGUAAUCGUAUGGAUUAGGGAUUACUUCACCCACCGGUUUGCACGAAGAGAGUUUUGGUAAACAAUUCAAUUCAAUUCAAUUCAUGGUCCAUAUGAUUCCAACUUCCAAUUGAUCACAUUGGGACCUGCUUUAUGUGCGUUCGGAUAUACACAUAACAUACGCAGGGCCGGAUCUAUUCAGGGUUCGAGGCACGUUGGUUCUACAUUUGUAUAUAUUACUGUUUAUAUUAUAUACAUCCAUCAAAUAACAUACAUGGAAUGAACACGGUUGAAGUUCUUUUCAUAUAACCAGUCGAAUUCUUUUUGCCUUUUCUUUUGAUUAAACUAAUUAAAUAUGCAAACCAGAAUAGUAUUGAUUAGUAGGGGAGAGUGGAGCCCAUUAAAAGUUCAAAAUACAAUGUGAAUGUGGCGAAGAAGAAUGAUUCAGAGUUUGAAGAUUGAAGUGGGCGCAGCCAAAGUUGAUGGACUUCGAAGACCAUGGCAUCUGCCCAUGCCACCUUGUUUACCAGAACACCACACAAUAUCUCUUCUUUCUUCUCUUUUCUGUUCCGUUUGGGUCCAACCCGUUUCCAAUUCCUAAUUGCAUCUGUGUAAUCUUUCAGACAAUUACUAAAUAUUAUCAUUUCUGUUUCUUUUUUACGCGGAAAAUGCAAAUAAUGUACUAAUCCUUAUAAUUUUGCAGCCCAUUGAUAAUUAUAACUAUCAAAAUGAGUAUA